AUGGUGGAUUCUUGUCGCUGUCACAAUGCGACAAUCCCAUUUGAAGUUCUGUUUCUUCCUAAUCGUUUUUUCCGACAAAAAAUGGGAGAGGAGAUCGACUUUGAAGAAUUUUUAAAAAAAUCGCAGUAUUUUUUCUCACCGCGAGAGAUUUUAGCGGAUAAUAGCUUGAAACACUUAAAAAUAGAGUCUUCACAAUAA